AUGCGGUCACGGUCAGUUCCGCUCCUUCGAGCGCAAUGGUACAAUCCUCGCGCCCUGCAGCCAACACCACACGGAGCACGUAGCUUUUCUCAAGCGACGCAAACAAAUACACUUUUCCGCGAACUCCGUCGGCCGGUGUCAUUAUCGCAACAUCCAAAGCUGCUAUUACAGCAACAACAACGAUUCAUUACACAAAACUACCUCAAGCGCAUAGAAGAUGGCAAGAAGGAGUGGGCAAAGCAUGCUGAGGAGAUUAAGGCAGGCAAGAGAAAGGACUUUGCUGCUCAUCUAGAGGAGCGAGGGCUCCUUCAUGAUGUUGUUGGGGAGCGCGAAUUACUACACAAAGUAUUUACGGAGAAGAGAGCCGGAAUAUAUGUCGGAAUCGAUCCCACAGCACCUUCCAUGCACGUCGGUCACAUGCUACCGUUCAUGGUAUUGGCCUGGGGAUAUGUGUGGGGUCUUCCGGUUACAUUCUUAUUGGGCGGAGCUACAUCUCGAGUUGGCGAUCCCACCGGUCGAUUGAAGGGACGAGAGCAGGUCCACACGUCGGUCCGAAAGGCGAACAUGGCGAGCAUGCAUAUGCAGUUGAAGAAGCUGGGCUCAAGCAUUGAGGAGUAUGGCAGGAAACAUGGCUAUGAGCGGAAAAUGAUUUGGAAACGGACUUUGGUCAACAAUAACACUUGGUGGAACUCUACUUCUUUUGUUGAAGUCUUGCGUGACCUUGGAGCGUUUAUGCGACUUGGACCCAUGCUUGGUCGGGAUACUGUUAAGAAUCGAAUGAACCAAGGUGACGGAAUGUCCUUUGCAGAGUUCUCGUACCCACUCCUUCAAGGAUGGGAUUGGUGGCAUCUAUUCAAGAAAGGAACACAAGUGCAGGUCGGAGGGUCUGAUCAGUAUGGAAAUAUUCUGUUUGGAAUGGAUGCGGUGAAGUCUAUCAGUCGCAACACUGCCGAUGAGCAAGUUCGAAACCCUCUGGAAUCGGAGUUGGACCGUCCCAUCGGAUUUACCACGCCAUUGUUGACAUCGGCCUCGGGUGAGAAGUUUGGCAAAUCUGCUGGUAAUGCCAUUUGGCUUGACAAGGACAUGACAUCUACCUUCGAGCUGUAUCAGUUCUUCGUUCGCACGCCCGACGACACGGUGGAGCGAUAUUUGAAGCUGUUUACCUUCAUUCCUCUGCCUGAGAUUGCCACGCUCAUGGAGGAGCAGAAUGUUGACCCUUCCAAGCGAUUGGCUCAGCAUCGCUUGGCCCAUGAAUUCGUGGAAUUGAUUCACGGCAAGAAAGAGGCAGAAGCCGUGUCUCUCCAACACCGCCAGCUGUUCCGCCCAAGAUCAUCGACGGGUCAGCCUUCACCUAUGCCUCGGAGCUCCAGCCCCCCUGCUGGCCACGCUCAAUCGCCCAUGGCUGGUUACAGCACACCGCAAUCCGGUAACGCUUAUGCUCCCCAAACCAACUUUGCCAACAUGCCGAGCGCCAAAGUGAUCCUUCCGAAGUCUCUCGUCUACAACCAGCCGUUCAACAAGAUUCUAUGGUCAGCAGGCCUUGUUGCAUCGAAGGGCGAGGGCCACCGCGUGAUCCUUAAUAAUGGUGCUGCUGUGGGCAGUCGUCCUGGAGACAGCGGCCCCAUGUCGGAUGAUCUCGCUUUUACUCCUAUUCGGCCCUGGUCUGCUGAGAAGACACAGGAGUUUGUCAUUGACGAAAAGCUUCUUAUGCUCAAGAUGGGCAAGUGGAAGUUCAAAAUUGUGGAGAUUGUAAGUGACGAGGAGUUCGUCGCCAAGGGACUGACAGCGCCUGGAUGGCAAUCAUCGCCCGAUGCUGUGGAAUAA